AUGGGGGCCACAACUGCAUUGAACCUUCAUGGGGACGUGCCUGUGCAGCACAUGCUGGCCACCAUCAAGAGAGAAUUCAUGAGGGUCCGAGCGUUAAGCUUCAGAAACUGUGGUGUGCGCUCAGCAGGAAAUGAAAUGGGGGUGCUGAAGGGCAUGCAUCAGUUGACCUACCUGGAUUUGGGUGAACAUGUGCUCACCAAUGAGGACAUGUGGCAUGUGGGGCAAUUGGCAGACCUCAGGCACCUCUGCAUUUCUGGUCCAAGUUCCUAUUUGUUUAGUCCUGACGAAACAGAAAUCAAGGAUGAUGGCUUGGCUUACCUGGGGGGCUUGUGUGCACUGACAUUCUUCGAUCUGAGUUAUUGCACCGUUGUUUCAGAUGCAGGAUUGAGGCAGGUUAGGAGGUGGACCAACCUCAGACAUUUGAAUUUUAGCAAUUGUCCUGAGAUCACAGAUGUGGGGCUGGAACACUUGACAGAGUUGGGGUCUUUGACCCACCUGGACAUGUCCACAGAUGAUAGUUUGAGGGAGAUAAUGUGUGUACAGGUUACCGACGGAGGUCUGAAACACGUGGGGAAGUUGACUGCUCUAAGGCACCUGUCACUUGCAGGAUGUCAGUUGAUCUAUGGUCAUGGUUUGCGACUCCUGAAGAGUUGCACAGGUCUGGAGUACUUGAAUCUAGAUGAACUGUGCUGCCUGGAAGAUGGGAAUAUGCGGCAUGUGGGAGCACUGACAGGUCUCACCACACUGAGUUUGAACUAUUGUGUGCACAUGUCUGAUGCUGAAUUGACCCAUAUUUCAGGGUUGACGAACCUUCAAAGCUUGCACUUGGGCGCCUGCGUGGAGAUAACAGACAGAGGUUUGGAGAUUGUGACCAGGCUCGUCUCUCUGAAAUCCCUAUCACUUUUCAGGUGCAUAAAUCUAUCUCACGAGAGCCUGAGAUAUGUGGCAGAGUGUGUAAACCUGGAGUAUUUGGAUAUUAAUGCUCUGGACUGCCUAGAAGAUGAGGGUCUGCAGCGGGUGUGCAAGCUGAGUGCCCUGACGUCGCUGAAUCUAUUUCGUUCAAAUUGUAUCACAGACACUGGGCUUCAAGAGAUCUCCAACCUCAGGCGUCUUCAAGAUCUGAGCUUGGGCCAUUGUGGCAUCACAGAUGGGGCGUUGAGCGACUUGGGAAAUUUGGAAGGCCUUCGCAAACUACACCUGGCAGAACUACCGCAAAUUACAGAUGGUGGCUUGGCCCACUUGACGAAGUUGACUGCGCUCAAGGAUUUGAACGUCGUUCGUUGUGCAUUGAUAACUGCAGAUGGAGAGGCAAAUCUAAGGAAUCGUCUACAUUUCUUAUAA